UAAGCUAUACAAUUUAAUUAUAUGUAUUGGAAAUAGUUAAGAUGGUGAGAUCUCCAUGUUGUGAUAAACUAAAUGCAAAGAAGGGAGGUUGGCUACAUCACAAGGAUGCUACAAAUUUUUUAUACUCAUCAAAGCAUGUCAUUUCAAAUUGGAGUCCUGUUCCAAGAAAAAUAGGGCCAAAAAGAUGUGGGAAGAAUUGCAGGGUAAAGUGGAGUAAAUAUUAUGUGAAGCCUGAUUUAAGUCAUGAGGGUUUCACUAAACAUGAAGAGGAGCUUAUUAUUAAGCUUCAUGCUGCUGUUGGUAGCAGGUGGGGUCUAAUAGCACAUCAACUACCAGGAAGAACAGAAAAUGACAUAAAAAACCAUUGGAAUACCAAAUUAAGGAAGAAAUUAACUGAAAUGGGGAUCGAUCCCAUUACUCACAAACCAUUUUCCCAAAUCCUAGCAGAUUAUGGUAACAUUGGUGGUAUCUCUAGGUCAUCUGAACCCCCAAAAUCUAUAGGAACUAUCCCAAAAGACUUUAAAAAAGUCGUUACAUCCAACCUUCUAAAACCCGCCCUAUCUUCUGCUUUACCUUCCUACACUUUUCACUCGAACUCGCAAAUUACUCACAAUAUUUCACCUAUACAACACAACAAUAACAACCAUACUAUUUCUAACACUUCUAGUCACUCUCUAGGCCUUUUGUCUCAGCUACAUGCCAUAAGUUUUGUGACCGAAGGACAAAACAACGAUUUUUUUGGCCUAAAUUCGACUGAAUCAUUGUCGAAUUCAUCAACGUCAGCUUGCUCUCCGAGCUAUAAAUCCCCUGAGAGUUUCAGUUGGCAUGAUUUUCUCCUAGAAGACGCGUUCAAACCAGCUCAAAAACCGGCAUUGGAACAAGAAGGGAGUAAUGUAACAGAUUAUUUGGUGAUACCAGCAUCAGGAAAUGGGGGGACUAAUUGUAAGAAUGAAAUCCAAGGUGCUAAUAAUCAGGUCUUACCAAGUUCAGAUGGUUCAUCAUUUUUAGAGGCUAUGUUGGAUCAAGAAAAUGAUAUGUUUUUGAGCUUUCCUGGGCUUAUGGAAGACCCUUUAUACUAGUUCUCGAUUUGUA